AUGCCUUCUGAAGCCACCAUCACCACUACCCUUGCCACAGGCGUUAAAGAAGAGGCCGUUAUCGCCUCGCUCCACAACCACGAGGUUUACAUCAAAGUCACCUGCCCCCAUCUCAUAGACUACAAGAAGAUAUCCGGGGAGCCGGCUGUCGGCCAGUCUUGUGUGUAUGAGGUCACUGACAAGCGACCAAUCGGGCAAACCACAUUUCGAUUAACCCUCGUCAACCAACCCAAGGGUAUCGACGCUACCGUAGACGGAAAGUCUCCCACAGGCUCCAUCCAUAUUGAGAGCAAGUGGUCCGUCACUUCUGGCCGGAUCGAAGAGAGCAUUGCUAUUGACAGCAAUGCGAUCAUGAAGAGGAUGAUCAAAGGCAGUGUUGAGAAGAGUCAUCCUGAGCACCACCAAAGCUUUGUCCAAGCAGCUAAGGCUUGA